UCCUGAUUGAAAUGUCAUUCACACUCGAGGGACACGUAUGACGAAUGAUAAGUGGUAUCGAGGUGAAUUUACGGCCGACGAGGAAGCAUGAGAAAAAUGGUUUAUCAUCGCGGGACUCAGAGGGACGGUUCCCCGCAUUAUGUUUUUCUAUAUUCCGAUGACGAAAAUAGCGGGGAUGAAGAUUCUAUCCCCCUGCAGCAACGUGACAAACCUGCAUCAUCGCCACGAAAAAUAGAGGUGAUAAAUGUACCACUGAAAGCGGAGGAUACUCUGCAAGCAUUGGCCCUACGAUACAGAUGCACGAUUUCUGAAUUGAAGAGGAUUAACAAGAUUCACAAAGAAAAUGAGAUUCAUGCAAGAAGGUUCAUCAGAGUGCCUGUUCAGCCGUUCUCUUUAUUGACUGAAACUUUAGAGCAGAAUCAGAGUGAACAGCAAGACGAGAAUGAAGUAAGUAUAUCCACUGCCAAUGAAGAGAAGGGAACUGAGAGAAACCCUGUCGUGGCUGAGUUGCCAAAUUCAGAAAUUAAUGCCAUCAUAUUGAAUUCCGUUUGUGAACCUUUGUCAUCUUACAAUAAUGUUAAUACUAUGGAAAUUGCUAGUUCAGAAAACGACCAGUUGAUUCCUCAAGUAGAAAGUAACAGGGAGAAUACUAAUUUAACAGACACAUUUAAAUGUUCUGGUGAUGACUGUGGAAUAUCCUGGACACAGCUCCUUGGAUUUUCCUUAUUGUUAGGCUUUGCUGGACCUAUUAUUAUUAUAUAUAUACUCUAUGCGGUAGAUUUCUCCUCUAAGAAUCACUCGACUGCUGAUCAUUAAGUAAUUUACUUUUCAACAAAAGGAUGUUCACUCGAAGUACAAUUUACCAUGUUUACAAGUUUUGUAAAAAUUUAUAUGUUCUUCACUAAAAGCGAAAUUACGUAAUAAGUAAAUUUUAGAAUCUUACUCGACAUGCCAAUUGCAUUGUAUGCACUUGGCGUAGACAUGAUAUUUAACGAAUGAUAUGGAAAUACUAUUUUAUAAAUGAGCUAUGUUUUUUAAUCGAAAGAUUAAUUGUAUAGCACGAUACAGUGCCUUUGUGAUUAUCUGUUUAAUACAGUAUUGAUCUAGAAGUCUCGCUUGCGCAUGCUAUUGCAUGUGCGUUUUUGAAUUUCGGUGAAUUUUGCCGAAUGUAGUAUGAACUCAUAAACGCAGGGAUCGCCAAAGAUGAGCGUUAAUUGGCAAGGAAGUUGUGUAUAAAGUUUUAAGUACAAAGGCAGAAGAGUGUACAUAAAUUAUAUAUAUGUUCUUACGUUCUGACAGUAUCAUGCAGGCUUGUGAUAGACAUCAUUUUUGUUUCUACUUUGUACUAACAGUAUCGAAAGAAAACAUAUUAAUAUUAUGUUUACGAUUGAUUUGUAUCUCGUGUUAAUAUCGUAUUAUUUAUUAGACUAGAAUAGACGAUUUCUCUUUUUCCUAUGACAAUAAGAAUUAAGUAAUUAAGUCAUUUUAAGAUUGUGUAAAACAUGCUUUUGAUAUGAUCUGACUGUUUUCCUUGUUAAAAUUUGUAAAAAUAUAUUUUUUAACACAAA